UAUUGUUGAGACCUAUCGAUAAGUCGAUAUCACAAUGUUCAUUUACUCAUUAAGAAAAAUGAAAAACAAUACUUAAAUAAUUAAAAAAUAACGUGACGCAGGCAAAUUAGGCAGUUAAUUGGAAGUAAGGGUGUUAACACGGUUGGUGUGGCUUUGUUCGUUUGUGUGUGGAGUCUCCAAGCCAAGACAAGAUGCCAGGCAAGGUAGGCGUCAAAAUAAAGGCUGCGCGCAAUCUGCCAGUUAUGGACAAGAGUAGCGAGACAACCGACGCCUUUGUGGAGAUCAAGCUGGCCAAUAAAGAGCAUAAGACAGAGGUAUUCCGGAAGAGUCUCAAUCCAACGUGGAACACCGAUUGGUUUCGCUUUGAGGUGGACGAUGCUGAGUUGCAGGACGAGCCGCUGCAAAUCCGAUUGAUGGACUAUGAUACAUACUCGGCGAACGAUGCAAUUGGAAAGGUUAAUAUUAGUUUAAAUCCACUGUGCCUGGAGAGCUCUAGUCAGGCGGCCCAUGGCAAGGGCACCGUGCUCUCUGGCUGGAUACCUGUCUUUGAUACGAUGCACGGCAUUCGCGGCGAGAUAAAUGUCAUUGUCAAGGUGGAUCUAUUCUCCGAUGUCAACAAGUUUCGCCAGAGCUCCUGUGGCAUACCCUUCUUUCACUCACAAUGUGUACCGUUUGGCUUUCGGGCACAGGUCAUACAUGGCUUCGUCGAGGAGCUGGUGGUCAACGAUGAUCCAGAGUAUCAAUGGAUUGACAAAAUACGCACACCACGCGCCUCCAACGAGGCACGUCAGGUUGUCUUCCUCAAGCUGUCGGGUCAAGUGCAGCGCAAAAUGGGACUAAAAGCCAUUAACAUGGGCGCCAAUGCGGUCAUCGGAUAUACGCAAUGUUUUGAUCUUGAAGGAGAUGUCGGUGUCGUGGCACGCGGCGUCGGCACGGCGGUUACUCUAAUCAAGGACACAAGCAGCAGUCAGCCAAGCAGCGCGGAUGUCGCACUCAUUGAAGAAGUUCAGAAGUAUUUAGACUUUUUGAACUGCACGGGGGAAAGUAGUUUCAGUUUGCCAUUGUCGGGAGCCUCACCACAGUAUCGCAUCAAUAUAUAUAAACAGCCCAGUAUUAGUGGCAGCUCAGCGGCAGCAGCAGCAGCGGCGGCGGCAACAAUGUUCUAUUUGGAAAGCGGCAGUAGUGAUACAGAGGAUGCGGAUGUUAUGCAGAAUCUCUUGAAGCAGGAGGAUGAACGGGGCGAGCGGAUACGUGAAAAGAAACUGCGGCAUCGCAUGCGCCGUUUAACAUCCUCCUCCCGGAAUGUUUUCAGCGAGAAAUAUGCAACGCUAUUGCGGCGUAUUGAGCCCAAGAUACCAGAGAAUGCAACCCAAUCCCUCAGCAAUAUUUUCGGGGGGAACGGUGGAGCAGGCAGCAAACGUCGUCGCAAAUCUCGAUACUCGGUGGGCAAGCGAACACCACCGGCAAUUGUGCGGUCCAUAAGUGAUGAUACGGGUGCAGGGCCAACUAUGUGUCAGCUGGCUGUGCCACAGUUUCAGGAGAGCACACGCUCGGCACCAGAUUUGGACGUUGUUGCCUUUCAACGUAAGUCCACGUAUUCAACGGACUCAAGCGAGUCGCUAUCAAUAAUCGAAACGAUUGCCACAGACCUUGACAUUGGAGCAACACCAGGAACAGUGUCCAGUGACAGCGACGAGGAUCUGCAGCUGGGUGAGAUCUACGAUGAUGACGAUGACAAUUUGCAGGACAACUGGAUUAAGCCCGGCGAGACACGCAGCUGUGAGAACAGCCAAUCUGAAUUGACGCCCAAGCGGCACACGCUCUUUGAAGAUCUGAAGAGUUUCUCGCGCCGCCUGCAGAAAUUGAUGCACUUGACAUCAAGCCAACCAAUGCAACCGUUGCCAAGGCGUUCGCUGUUGUAUGCCGCUGCUGCCCUUCAGCCGUCAUUGGAGCGUAAACCAUAUUAUUGCUCACAUCCAGAGUUGCCGACAUGCAAUGCGGAUGAUUGGCAGGGUGUAAAUUUAAAUGCGUCCGCUUCCAUGUUGCAGCUGAAUCGCUUGCCUAGCUAUGAGACCAGUUUGCGACGCAGUGCAUCGCUAAGUCGUUUCGCAAGCGAAAGUUAACAAGAAAAUGCAAAUAUGUUGCAACUAAAUGCGCCCAAGCUGUGCAUUUGGCCAUCAACCCCAACGCCAACAGAAUCCGAUACCAGUUUACAGACGCGCUCCUUUGAUUUUUAUGAUCCUCCUUUUUUUAAGCUAGACCAUGUUGUAAAUAUAUCUAAUAGUACUAAUCAUAGUAAUAACAAUAAUAAAUCAUCAUUGCUUGCUCCAUGCUAUUCUGUUUCGCCAUUUGCCAUUGAAAAUCAACAACAACCACAACCACGAUCAAAAUGCUCAACUAGGUCCAGCAGUGAUCUUCAGCAGCAGCAGCAGCAACAACAGCAACAACAGCAGCAGCAACAACAACAACCGUCGCCGGCACAGGUCGUUCUAAUACCCACAACGAUUGCCACGAUCGAGAAUAAUGGGAAUGCCAAGAAAUUUGCUUCCCCUGUUGGCAGCAAUCGAUUGAAAUUAACUCCCAGUCCAUCCAAGAGCGGCAUCUCGGGUGGCGCGAAUGCGGACAGUGCAUCCACAUCCACAGCAUCGACGGUUACCACAAUGGUGCCCGCCAAGGAGCUGGGCGAGAUCUGUCGUCGCUCAUCCGACUCUGAUCUGAGUGUCACGCCAAAAGGCAACUCGAUUUGUGUGGCCAGCGAGCGUCUGGCGGCUGCAACGGCGAUGAUGCGACUAACGACUCCGACAGUGGGCAACAAGGCAACCGAUAGUCUGGACAUGUUGGAAUAUCCGUUCUUGACCAUGACCAAAUAUCCAACUGGUUUCAUACUGCAUCUGGGAGCCACUGUGGCGGCACGUUCUGUCAAAUUGCUGGAACGUGUUCCAAAUCCGGAUGAGCCUGAGGUGCGUGACAGUUGGUGGACAGAGCUGCGCAUGGAAAUUCGAUCACAUGCACGUUCCCUGGGUUGCAAUGUGGUGCUGGGCUACGCAGAGUCUACGACCAUAUCUGACGAUGUUUGUGUCUUGUCUGCGACGGGCACUGCAGCCGUUAUCAAUAUGGUCUUUAAUCGCUCCGUCUCGCAAACGGACAUCUUUGCCAUGUCCAAGGCAGGCAACAAUGUGGCCACCAUGUCCAAUUCUAUGGAGGAGCGCGACCCAAACGGCAGCCUAGGCGAGGCAGCAGCCUCAAGCAAGGACAGCGGCUCCCUGGGCACAGUAAAUGGUUCGGCAAGCAAACGCUAUGGUUUGCCAGGUCCAAAUGCUCCACGCAACACAUGUACCGUCUGUCAUGUGCCCUACAACCUCAAUUCAGUGCCAUUUAAUGUUAAGAUGAAAAAGUGCUCCAUCUGUCGCAAGGGCCGAGUGCCAGAUGUGCUCUUGGCCACGUUAGAGGUGCCAGAAUAUGUCCAAGUCAGCGGACGUGGUUGUUUUAUGCAAGCCCAAGUGGUGCGCGCUAAGAGGGAUUUGCGAUCCGAACUGAAUGCCAAAGAGAUAUCCGACGGGCUUCCCUUUUUGGAGUAUGAACUGCAUCGUGUAUUGAUCAAUAAGUUGAAGGCCAAGGGCAUGAAUGCCAUAUUUGGACUGCGUACUCAGGUGGCCAUUGGCGAGCGUAUGAUAGCGUUAAUUGCCACGGGAACAGCGCUCUUUCUCAGCGCUUUACCUGUGCCACAGGUGCCCAAAAUUGUGGCUGGCAACUCAUGGACGGACAAGCAAAAACUCAAUGAACUGCAAAAGAAAUUGCAGGAGACUUUCGAGCGCAAUCAGGAGAUCUAUCAGUUAAAGAGCAUGGAUCCCGAUUUGGCUAGCGUAAGUGGAGCUGCAGGUGAUAAACAAUCAGAUACCGAUGACUCUGAUGAUGAGGAAAUGAAUGAAAUCGAUUUGAAUUGUGGCAACAAAGAACUGUGCGUAUUAGAGGUGGAUGAUAUUGAGGAUUUGGAGAUUAUCUCGCUACUUAUGGAACCAUAUCCGCCUGAGGGCUUCCAUGUGGUCAACACACAACAGGUGCCGGGUCUGCUUGAACUCGAUGCCGUUAAAAAUCUUCAAAUGUUUACACAAGUUUGGCGUGCUCGCCUCGAGGUGGGACAAAAUGUGAAUGGUUUCCCAAAACAUUUUCAACGACUUCUGCAGACCAUCUAUUUCAAACUGCGUACAAUGAUACCCUGUGCCAUAUGUGAUCUGCGCUUCAGGCUGGAUUUGCCGGAAUCAGACCAAAUCCAAUUGCUAGUCACUGGCAUGGCAAUGGGUCUGAGCGAUGCUAACAAAAUGAAAUAUCGACGUCGAGGAGCGCCGGCAAUGCAGGCAAAUGGGUUUAAUGAUGCAACUGUGCAGGCGCAGGCACAAUCGCAAAUGCAGCCAGCUAUGCAUGGCACCCAAUCCCAGCCAGAGUUAAAUGGUAAGCGAAUGCUGCAGGAGGAGGAUUAUAUUUUCCCGCUGGACGAGGAUCAAGUGGUCGACACACCAACGCCGACAAGCACUGCAAUACCUCCUUUUGGCAUGAGUUCAUUUAAGGUGCGCAAGACAUCACCAUCCCGGCUAGGUAAUCUGGGUAAUCUAUCGACGGGCUUACCAUCAGCCAAGACGCUCAACAUCACGCCAGUGCCACGUAAUCGCUACUUUCCUCUGCGAGAUCGACAUGGUGUCGAUUUGACCCCGCUCAGCUUUAUACCCGGUGGACGCAUUGAGAAGUAUUUGGGCAAUCUAAACUUCUUCUUCAUCAGAGAGAGCACAUCCAUACGCGAGAAUGGUGGCAUUAGUGGAUUUGUCCAUGGCUUUAUCACUGAGCUGCUUGCUGUGGUGCGUGCCCACAUUGCGUCACUUGGUGGCAAUGCCAUGGUGUCGUUUUAUAUAACCGAACUGAUAUUGUUCGAUAAUCAACAUAAAAAUCAGGGUCAGUGUCUGAUCAGCAUCGGCGGAGAUGCGGUCUAUGUGAGCUACUAUUCCGAUGACUGAUAUACACGCUUGCGGGGCAUAUAGCGCUUGUUUUACGCGAAUCGUCCAAAAAGUCUCUAUUACUGAAAGCAACUUCCUCCCUUUCUUGUGCUCUCUCACUUUCUCUCUCUCUGUUGAUGCCAACUGUUCUCAGCUUUCUGGAUCCGGCGUAACGAUUGAAACAAUUCAUGACUUGUCAUGACAAAAGUGCUAGGCACGACCAACUUAAAAUAAUUACUUACUUGUUACGUUGUACUUAAAUAAUUACGAUAGAACAGAGUAAUCCGAUGCUUACAACUGUAGCGACUAUAUAGUCGAAAUCAAUUUGCAAUAUUCAAACUGUGAAAUGACGUUCAGACAUUUAGCGUGAAUUUUUUAGGUCUUGUUAUUUGUUUGCUUAAUGUUUAGAUUUUAGCUACUUGCGAUUUGUACAUAGUUGAAUUGUUUAUUGAAUUUACAGUUUUUCCCCAGAUUAUACAUAACUAUUUGUUUCCCCCUUCUUUUGUGAGCCAAUGUCUCUAAACAAUAUACAAUACACAAUCAAGUGUAAUCAAUUUUGUCACACAAAAGUGGACUUAACAACAUGUGUAAAAUUAGAAUACAUAAUUAACAAUACGCAAACGUUUAAAAUAUACAAUUGCUCAAAU